CCAAGAUUUCCCGCGUUGAUGAAAUGGAUACUCAACUAAUUCCUUCCUCUUCCCCAACUCCACCAUUUCACAUACUCCACCGCCGUCUCUAUUCCUUUCUUGCAUCCUUCAAUUUCUCUCAUCCAUGGCGAUUUCUCCAUUCCUCUUCCUCUUCCUCUUCCUCUCCUUCUUCCCCUCUUCUCAUUCCCUCAGAGGCUAUUUCAUCGAUUGCGGCUCCACUUCCCCCACCACACUCGACGGUCGCACCUGGAAACCCGACGACGCCUUCGUCUUCAGUGGAAUCAACAAAAACAUCUCCGACCCCGUUCUUGACCCUACCCUUUCCACUGUCCGCUCCUUUCCUAGGGCUCUUAAUCGCAAAUUUUGCUAUGUCGUCGGACCUGUCUUUCGUACCCGGAGGUAUAUGGUUAGAACCACCUACUACUACGGUGGAGUCAAUGGCCUUGAUUCCCCUCCGGUUUUCGAUCAGAUUGUUGAUGGGACUGUUUGGAGCGUGGUGAAUACUACCGAGGAUUAUGAUAGGGGUUUGACGUCGUAUUACGAAGGGGUUUUUGAAGCCAAGGGGAAGUCUAUUAGUGUGUGCAUUGGUUCUAAUACGUAUACGGAUUCUGACCCUUUCAUUUCUGCUUUGGAGGUUGUCUUGUUGGGGGAAUCUCUUUAUAAUACUACUGAUUUCGUUAACCAUGGCUUGCGUUUGGUUGCUAGGCACAGCUUUGAAUACACUGGUACCAACUUACGGUAUCCUGAUGACCAAUUUGAUCGGUUUUGGCAACCAUUUGGGAAUAACAAUUGGAAUGUAACUAAUAGAACUGUGUCUGCCUCUGGUAUAUGGAACCUCCCUCCAUCUAAGAUAUUUGAAACAGAGCUGAGGACUGAUAAGCUGGAACCAUUGGAGUUGAAUUGGCCUCUUAUUUCUCUUCCAGAAACAAAUUUCACAUAUUACAUUGCUCUAUACUUUGCUAAUGAUCAUCCUUCGUCAUCAGAUAACUCAAGGGUGUUUAGCAUAAGUCUGAAUGGUAUAACAUAUUACCGUGAUCUAAAUGCAACUUCGGCAGGUCAUGUUGUUUUUGCAAGUCGGUGGCCUCUUCAUGGUCCAACAAAGAUAACCUUGACUCCCUCUCCUCAGUCAAAACUUGGCCCAUUGAUCAAUGGUGGAGAACUUUUUCACGUUGUGCCCCUUGAAGGAAGAACUCUUGUAAGAGAUGUUAUCAAUCUGGAGAGAGUAAAAAAGAGUCUGAAAAAUCCCCCAACUGAUUGGAUUGGUGAUCCAUGCUUCCCCCAACAAUAUCGCUGGACAGGAAUUACAUGUUCUGAAGGUUCUCGAAUUCGUGUAAUUACCUUAAACCUUACGAGUAUGGACAUUUCAGGAUCCUUAUCACCUAGCAUUGCCAACCUUACUGCAUUGUCUGGACUCUGGCUUGGAAACAACAGUUUGUCUGGACCUAUUCCUGAUCUCAGUACCCUGAAGUUGUUGGAAAUAGUGCACUUGGAAGAUAAUAAUUUCAGUGGAGAGAUUCCAUCAUCACUUGGAAAUCUGCCUCGCUUGCAGGAACUGUUCUUAUACAAUAAUAAUCUGACUGGUGAAGUUCCUCAAAGCCUUACAAAUAAUGAAAGACUGGAUCUUAGGAUUUUUCCAGGAAACCAUCUACUGGGGCCGCCACCUUCUUCUUAGCAUUUUUUUUUUUUCGGUUUUGUUUUUUUUCCCUUCUCCUGAAAGAUAAUUGUAAAGCUAAUUGUUUGCUCGUGUAUAGUUUUUGGGAAAGAACAGUUGAAACAUUUUUCCCUGUAAGUUCUUCAAGGAAACUGGCCUACCCAUUGUGGAAUAGAAAUUUGUGCGAUAGCCUUCUUUGUUGUAAA